AGUGAAAGAAAAUUAGGGCCGGCGUUGCCCAGCCCGUGACAUCCAGCACGCGCAACUAUAACAGAAGCGACCUCGUCCAUGGGCAAGUGGUUUUCCAAAGUGUCAAAGCGAGAGGAUAUACUUGUCGUUCCUUCCUUCGAAAUGUCGGCUCUGUUUGAUAAGAGAGAGACGUCGUACGAGUACGUGUUCGUGGUAUGCUGCCACGGCCAGAGGACUCCCCUUACGGAGUGCACCAACCUUCCGAAAGAGGAAUCCGAAGACUACGGACGCAUGACGGCCGCUGGCAGGGAGCAGACGGUGGAGAUGGGGCGUCGUCUCAGGAGCCGUUACUUGUCCAUCCUUACGGGACAACCGGGAGACGUCAUCGCUACGCACAACCAGAAUCCGUGCACUGAGGACAGCGUUCGCCUAAUAUUGGAGGGCUUGGAUAUUCCACCCACGACGCCCUUUAAAGACAACACGGACUACAUGGCCAUUUACGAGAAAUCUCUGGCGCAACAUUACGACACAAUCAUGGCAUCCGCAGGCCACGGUCGCUUCCGAACCAUCCAAAACAUGGUGGACUUCGUUCGCGAUCGCAUCGGUUCGCCCAGCACCAGCCAAAAUGCUACGCUGCUUUGCCUGGACAGCCUUCGGACUCACGUGGUGAACGGACACCCGAUGCCGGACUGGGCUGUCGCGGACUGGGACGAUAUCCUCUCCGCGGAUCGCAAGGUCUUUGAGAUGGCCCUGGAGGGGAUCGAGAAGCCACUGGCAGAGUACAUUCUAGGAGAGAUCCUCGACACGCUGGUGGUUAUGUACGAAAGGGGACACUUCAGGCAGGAUAAGAUGCACAUCUUCACUGUGUCGGACAUGAACCUGUUUGCCGUCCUGAAGCUGCUGAACAGGCUCUACGACUCGCGGCCAAACUUCGGUGCCGCACUCUUCAUCGAGGUCUUCCGGGACGCCGAAGGACUUCGAGUGCGAAUUCUGUUCGGCGGAGACGUGGUGCCCUUACCACUGCGUCUUGACCGACUUUCUAACCCGUGUCCUCUAGCGAAUUUCGUCGCCGAGAUCUCUCACCUUUUGGGCCGGCAGUGAAGUCAUUUUCUCCCUCCCUCGAUGGGGGUGACAUGGUGAACAGCACGCGCUUAUACCAAUACUAGUACGAAAAUAAAACAGGGUGGGAAGUACUGCCAUAA